UAGUCACUAGAACCGAGCGAAAUAAGAACACAGCUCAAAUUCCAAAAUAUGGGAGAAGUGCCCGAAAUUACCGAUUUACACAGAGUGAUUGAGCCGCAUUUGCUGCAGGGCGGCAAAAUCGACUCUUACAAAACUAAAUAUCUGACUAAACCCGGUGACAAUUAUGGCAGUCUAAUGUUGGCAAUUAGUGCAAAAAUUCGACAAGCUGAUGACAGCGUCGAGGAUUUGGCAUUGAUUGCCAAAUUGCCGCCUCUCACCAACGAUCUGUAUUGGCAGAUCUUUCAACCGGAACGCACAUGCAUCACGGAGAAUGCGGUUUACAAAUAUUUGGCGCCGGAGCUGGACAAACUGCAGCUGGAGGCGGGCAUUGUGCCCGCCCAUCUCUUUGAUGGUUUUCCCCGUUAUUUUGGCUCCCGCAUCUCCCUUAAUCCAGACGCUCCCAAGGUUGAUCGUGAUGCUGUGCUGGUGCAGGAAAAUGUCACAUUUCGUGGCUACAUUCCGGGUAAUAGGCAUAGCGCUUAUGACCUUGGCCAUGCUGUGCUCAUAUUGCAUUACAUGGCUCAGUUUCAUGCCUUGCCCCUUGCCCUGCGUCUAAGGAAACCAAAAGUUUUUGAUGAAUGUAUUCGACCGUAUUUCAAGAAAUUCAAUAUGAAUGAUAAUAUGGGACCUGAGACUACAAAUAUGUUGAAUGACGAAACUUUAGCGGACAUUAGGGCCCUACCUAAUGGCGAUGACAGUGACCAUAAACGUGUCCAGCAACUCCUGGAUAUCUAUGAAGCAUUUCAAUCCACUAAGGAUGUUAAGGAUGGACUCUGGACUUCAAUAGUUCAUAUGGACUUGUGGAUAAACAACAUGAUGGUAAAAUAUGAUGAUGCUGGUCUGCCCGCUAAGCUCAAAUUUGUAGACUUUCAAAUUGCCCAAUAUGAGUCUGUAGUCCACGAUUUAAUAUUCUUUCUACUCUCGAGUGUGGAUACAUUGGUAUUGGAGGAAAACUACAAGAAUUUUCUAAGCAUUUAUUAUAAGGCAUUCAUUCAAUCAUUGCAAACUGUGAAUGUGGAUACAACUAAAUAUAGCUACGAGGCUUUUCUGGAUGAAGUUCAACGCGUUGCACAUAUGCAGGUGCCACAUGCCCUCUUUAUGACCAAAGUUGUCUUGGCGGAAAACAAUACGCUUCCCAGCGACUACAAAGAUGUGGACUUAAGUGUAUUAACCAAAAAUAGAGGAGUAGAAAAAAUUAUGGUUAAAUUGAGUGAUAUAUUAAGAUUGACGAAAAAAUUCAACAUAUUUUAUUGAAUUGAAAGCUACAUAAAGUUGCAAAACACUAAUAGCAACACGAAAUUUUUCUUCCGAAAAAAAGCAAAAAAUUUACUAACCAGUUUUCUCAAGUAUUGAAAAAGCACCACUUUGUAGAAAUCGUAAUAUUCUUACUUUUUCAUAAACUCAAUAUUUUAAUAUUAAUUAAUUUCAAAUCUUUAACUGAACGGUGAAUAAAUUUAUAUUUUUUUUUUGUUUCUCACUUUUUAGAGCCACUUCUCAAACGUGUUCAUAAGUUCCUUAAACUUAUAAAUUUAAAAAAAAAAAAACUUUUUAAGCAAUUUUUGUGAGAGUGGUGCUAUUAUUUUUUUUGCAACUGUACAUAUAAAUAAAUACUAUAU